CAAGAAGUAGUUACGCGCCGCGAAACUACAGAGUCAUAACAAUGCUUGUUUCUCUGGGGCUUGCUUAGUUUCAGUUUCUAACUUUACUACGCAGCCAGGAGACGGUUUCGGAAUUUUAAAAUGUAAAUUUAGAAGUUUUUCUUCCAGGUAUUAAACAUGGCGAUAGCUAACGUAGCUACGGAGUAUGUUUUCACGGACUUCUUACUGAAGGAGCCGAGUACUGAGGGGAAGUAUAAGGGCGCGCGCCUGGACUUGGCUCUGGAUAAGCUGGUGCUGUGUGUAGCUGUGGGGCUGCCGCUGCUGCUCAUCUCUCUGGCCUUCGCUCAGGAAGUCUCAGUCGGUACUCAGAUAAGCUGCUUUUCUCCCAUGAACUUCUCCUGGCGUCAGGCCGCGUUUGUGGACAACUACUGCUGGGCAGAUGUACAGAAACAGGACACGGGGGGACUUCCACUCUCAUUGCACAAGUUUUUCCCCUACAUCCUCUUAUUCGUAGCCAUGCUGGUGUACGUCCCAGCCUUGUUUUGGCGAUUCACCGUGACACCAGGUCUCUCCUCUGAUCUCACCUUCAUCAUGAACGAGCUGGACCAGUCUUACAACCGAGCUAUCAAGCUGGCCAAACAUCUCUAUGGCAACUCCACAAGCUCAGACACACACAGCUCUUUGCCAGACCUGACAGAAAGCUGUUUUAAGUUCCCGCUGGUGGAACAGUAUCUGAAGACCAAACGUUCCUCCUGCAGCCUGCUGGUGCGCUACCUGCUGUGCCGAAUCUUCACCUUCGUGGCUCUGAUCCUGGCCUGCAUCUACCUGUGUUACUACAUCCGGCUGUCUGUAACUGACGAGUUUCCGUGUAACAUCCGCUCCGGUGUGCUGUUUAAUGACUCCUCUGUACCCGGAGCCCUGCAGUGCAAGCUCGUAGCCGUGGGUGUCUUCCAGCUCCUCAGUUACAUCAACCUCACCGUGUACAUUCUGCUGGCACCUGCAUGCGUGUAUGCCAUGCUAGUUCCCCUAAGGAGCUCGGCUGGAUUCCUGAAACCUUACAGGAUGCUGCCCACACUCGAGGUAAUGGAGUUUGGACACAGAGCUUGGGACGAUUUGGCGAUGUACCUGCUGUUUUUGGAGGAAAACCUGAGUGAACUGAAGAGCUACAAGUGUCUGAAGGUAUUAGAGCUUUUGAAGGAGUCUGGAGAGAUGCCGUUCGACACCCUGGCCCUCCUGCAGUCACUGGGGCAGGUUAAAACAGACGUGGUGGAUGGGAAGCUGCGAAAGAAAGACUCGAGCACGGAGAAGACCGAGGGGAACUGCGUAGAGAUGAAAGAAGCCUCUCCACUGCUGAACGAUGACACAACCGGGACGUCUCGACAUGACCCAGCUGUGCGCCAGAGAGUCACAUGAUGUGCCACAGGGUCACAUGAUUUGGCCAAUGUGGGUAAACACACUUGUGAUCCCUGAUCAGAUUUCAUGUCCUGUGGACUGGGUAGCCGGUGGAAAAUAUUGUUUCGUGUGUGUGUGUGUGUGUGUCUGAUUUAUAAAUGCAGAUUUGUCCAAGAAAUUGGUAUAAACUGUUCUCACCUUUGCUGUCAUAUGCCAUGUUUAAUGUUUACCUCAUUUAUUUAAAGGCAGCACGAAUGUAUUGGGGUAUGAAUGAGGUGUGUGUAUAUUUAUGCUACUUGUUGAACGGUACAGGUUUACUCAUCUGGAACUGCUGAACUGACUGGCUAAUAAGCUCGUACACAAAAGUUUUACAGGGAUGGAGACGAGUUUUCUUCCACAAAAUUGGAAUCCAUAUCAGUGAACUUCAACUUAUUUUAAAUCGUGUUAAACUGAAUUUACAACCCGAUGCCACGGUUUUCAGUAAGUUAACAGUGUGACACUGUCCUGUUUACUAAAAUAUCAUAAUGUUUUCAAUAUUUAUAAGUAAAUGUGUAUAACUUGAGUUCUCCAUGGUACGAUAUUAUUAUUGUUAUUACUAUAAUAAUAAUAAUAAUAUAGGGAUUUUCUCUAAUGUUAGUUAAUGCUAGUUAUUUUUUUUAGAGGGAAAAUUCCUGUCAGCUAGCUGUCUAUCAAACAUUUUAGGAUGUUUUCUAUUUUUCUCCCUUAAUAACAAGUGUGCGAAGCGUAAGGCUGCUAUUAGGAAAGUGUAAUACAAACAACAAGCAACUGAACAGGUUCAUUAGAGUUCCAAUAUCAAAAUCUCAUGUUAAGAAAUAAAUAGUGUUCGGUACAAAUGUUCUAGAUGUUCAUGUAAAAGUGUAAUUUAUGAUAAUUAUUUUUGCGUGGAUUGCUUGUAUAGUAUCACUUUAAACAUCUUCCUUAGACGCAUCCUUCUUGAGUGUUGCAGCCUUAUUUUAUAGACACUUGGAAAUGUCAACACAUUUGCCUCUUUUUUUUUAAAAAAGAAUUGUACUUGAACUGUUUAACUGGUGCAUGUGCCAAAAAUAAUAUUUCUUCGAUGUCAUUAAGCAUAAUGGUGUAGCAUGAAAUAAUGGUGUUCAUGCUGUUAUUAUUUAAGAUCAUUGUGUGGCUCUAUUAAACACACCGAAUGUCAGACGCCAACUAUACUUUAACUAUCUGUGCCGUGUGAUGAGACAAUCUUGGAACAUCUUUUUUUUAAUGGGAUAUCUAAUGACAAUGAGGUAUUGAUCUUGUUGAGGUUAUUAAUUGUGGCUCUGUGGUUAGAGCCAAUACCACUUGAAUGCUUAAAGCUACAAAUCAGUAUAAAGUAAUUUUCUUAACUUUCUAUGCUUUGUAAUUCUAGAUAUCUGUACUUGUACUUGUUCUGCAGGUUCAUGUCUGAUUCUGCUGAUCAGGUUUCAGUAUUGAGACCUGGUCAGUGUUUUAAUUUAUUUCAUUUAUUACUUGUUUGCUGUUUUACUUGUUUAUGUGGUUGUUUAUUUGUUUUUCUCCAUUCACUGCAUGUAUUGUGUGCAUUGGAGAGGAAAAGGGUGUGGGAUUACUCUUUUUUUUUUUUCUUUUUUUUCUUUGCAAUAAAAUUUGUUAAUUUUUACACUGAUGUAGACUUCUUUGAUUUUUUUUUAGGAUGCUUAA